GAAGAAGGGAAGGAUGGGGGCUUUCCUGUAGACACCUCCGCCGUGUUUUUCUUUAGUUUCUCAGCCAUCAGAGAUCCGUUUAUUUGUUACCGUUAAUGCCUCCAUCGGGUGUAUUCAAGUGGAGUGUCUCCACAUGAUAACACAUGCCAUGCUCGUCUUGGUUGAGCGUCUCUGCAGAGCAACGUAGUAAAAUCUCUCCCUACUCCACGCCCUAUCAUUAUUAUCAAUAGAUUCCCAGCACCAUGUCCCCCCCAGCAUCGGCUGCGACAGAGUGUGAAAGUAGCACCACCGUUUUGCAGGAGGACACCAGAGAGGAGCAAAAACCCCUGAAGCAGUCUCUGAGCAAGUCACUAUGCCGGGAGAGUUUUUGGAAAUGCCUUCUUCUGUCCAUACUCAUGUAUGGCUGCAUAGGGGCCAUGGUUUGGUGUCAUGUCACCAAGGUGACCCGCCUCACCUUUGACAGUGCCUUCAAAGGGAAAUCCAUGAUGUACCAUGACAGUCCCUGCUCUGAUGGCUACAUCUACAUCCCACUGGCCCUACUGGGAAUGCUCUACUUGGUCUAUCUUGUGGAGUGCUGGCACUAUCAUGUCAAGAACGAGCUGCAGCACAAAGUGGACGUGGAGGGCAUCUACGAGCGCAUCCAACGGAUGCUGCAAGCCAAGCCCUGCAUCUGGUGGAAGGCCAUCAGCUAUCACUAUGUUCGCAGAACCCGGCAAGUCACGCGCUAUCGCAAUGGAGACGCCUACACUAGUACCCAGGUUUACCACGAACGUGUCAACACACAUGUGGCAGAAGCAGAAUUUGACUACAGUCACUGUAACGUCAAAGAUGUUUCAAAACAGCUGCUGGGCUUGGAGAAGUCAGCUCUCACUAAGAUGCGCUUCACCAAGUGCUUCAGUUUCGCGAACGUAGAGUCUGAGAAUUCUUACCUUACGCAGCGAGCAAGGUUUUUCACCGACAAUGAGGGCCUUGAUGACUACAUGGAAGCCAGGGAGGGCAUGCACCUGAAGAACAUUGACCUGAAGGAGUACGUUAUGGUUCUGUCCGACCCAGACCACCAUCCCUGGUAUCUGUCCCACUACGUCUUCUGGUUCGCCUCAUUCUUCACUUUCUCCUGGCCUCUCAGGGUCUUCACAGAGUAUCACACUGCAUACGUCCACUACCGCGUUGAGAAGCUCUUUGGGCACGAUUACAUCCCUGUGACGCCAUGUGAUGAUCAGCCAUAUUGGCAGCGUAUCCCUCGUGUUAAUACCAUUGACAGUACGGAACUGGAAUGGCACAUUAGGUCCAACCAGCAACUGGUGCCCAGUUACUCGGAGGCUGGCCUGAUGGACCUGGCCCAAUGCCCGUCCAGCUUCAGCGGGCUCCGUCAGAAUUGUGAGCGCUGCCACCGAGCCAUCAGCUGCUCCUCAGUGUUCUCCAGGAGUGCGCUCAGCAUCUGCACCGGUGCCAGCUCCCGCAUCCCCUUCAGCGGCAGCCGCUUCUCCUUGGCGCGGCGCUACGGGUCCCAGCGCAGCUGCUUCUGGAGGAGCGGGAGCUUGGACGAUCAGGAGAGCCCCAGCGAAAACACCCGCUGUCUCUCAGUGCGCCCCGCCACAGAUGAGGAGGAACCCCCAGAAUAUGAGGACGCACUUUGCUACCCAGUGCUCAUCGUCCACUGUAGCGAGAAUUGCCACAACCACAGGUCCUUGCACAGAAAUGGUUCCUGUGUGGAGACUUCCUUAUGACAACUGACAUAAGAGUAGCAUUUCUGUAGCAGACAAACACUUUGGACAUCAGAAACAGACUAUGUGAACACGUCUUAAUGUGGGGUACACCGAUUAAUGCUGGAGCGGCACACUACCUGAAACAAAUUCCUGAAUCCCGAUUGUGAGAAUCACCAAAGCAAUCACAGUGAUUAGUGAGGGGGAACAAAGCGAUGGUGGUAUGUAAACCUACUACAAUGCACACACAUGGAAGAAAUAAAUCUGCCUGGCUU